UAAGAGUCCCUGUUGGUAACAGGAUGCUGCAAAUAGUCUCCAGAUUUGGAUUGUAUUGUACAUUUAUCUUUUUUUGAAACUAUGUUGAAGAUAAUCAAAAUUGACUCUGAGGAACUCCAAUUCAAAGGAACCCAUUUUAGAUUUUUGGAGGUGAGGAAAGAAGGAAUGUACUUUCUCCAAGCUCAAUUGUUCGAGGGUAAAACUAAAAAAUGGCUAGAAUCAACAUAUAGACAUGAACCUGGAAAGAAGGAUGAUUAUAGAUUCAGACAUGAAGUCACAAUGGAAUUUAUGGAUGUUUCGCACCAGAAGAUAACUCAACAGGUUGGAACCAGAAGAAGUGAAGUGACUCUAAUUCAGAUGUUGUUAUGGGGAUCAACGCCGAGACAUAAAACGUUGAAAUCAAAACUGAUUACAUAUUCUAAGGAUCAUAUAUUUCCAAUUUGCCGAAAGUCUCAAGCUUUCUUAAGAUUAUGCAUAAAGGAACAUAUUCAAAACAGAAUAGUUUCAUCAGACGAUGCUAUAAGAGCCUUAUAUGAGAAUGGUUUGCAAGCAAAGAGGAAAGCAAGAAAUUCGGAUAAGAAAACGCAAUCUUGAUGAUCGAGUAAUCAGUUUCUUAUUCAUAGAAAUUUUCUGGAUAAUCAGAUACUCAAAAAUCCAUGUGCCUUAAUUUCAGAAGCAACACCGAGCGAAGUUUCUGAAUAAAUCAAAAAUGUGUCUGCGUAAAUGCGAUCACAUACAUGUUAUAUAUUUAUUGUGAAGAAAAAUGAAAAUAGAAAAAUUCUUGAGAAAUAACAAGUUAAAAUUGA